UCCACUUGAGGAAAAUUUGCUACUGUCCUACAAACCUCUGUACUUGGAGGCCCAACAACGUCUACAAGAAAAAGGUUGUGUGAUAGAGAUCAUGGAGCACCGCGACUGAAGAGGCGAGAAGCCCCGACAGCUUCCUACUCCGAGGGGUUUGAUGGAUCUUGCUUCGUCCGCCUUCUGAGGCGCCGACUGCUAGGAGUCGGCCGUGGCCAGGAAGGCCGCCUGAUGAUUUCGAAAUGUCGCGGCAGGAGCCUGGUGGCGCACCAGCCAGGCGCCAAACUUGCCACCCGCUGCCAGCGCGCCACGCGGCGCCAGCCAGUCGGGCCGGCCAACCAGCCCACGCGCGCGACGGUACAUCGCCAUAGGCUGGGGCCCGCCACUACCAGGCCUUAGUGCGCACACGGAUCCGGUGCGACCGAGGCGGGCGGUUGGGAUUCUGUGGAGCAGUAACUACACGCCAUUACUGCGUGGUUAAAGUGGGGACGUGGGGUCGUGGGCACAGUUAAUCCCACGAUCCCCACAUUCUCGCCCCCUCGGCUUAGCCGCCUGGGGCUAUAAGUAGGGGGAGGAGGGGUGGCAGACGCACGCGCGCCCUCCUCUCCCCUCUUCCUUCCUCUUCUCGCUGCCGCCACCGCACUCUCGCAUCUUGCCGGAGUGCCGCCGCAGUUCACUAUUGCCGAGCGCGUCUCCCCCGCAGCGUUGCUGCUCCACCACGGGUCCGCUCACUCGCCGUCGUUCUGCGCCUCCAUCGAGCCCAAACCCUCAUGGUGGUGGUCGGUGCUUGGGAUGGCUCCAAUGUCCACGAGGACCACAUCACCUUCCUCCGCCAGACGCGGCGGCUGCCCGGUGAGAACUACGUAUGGGCACGUCCUCCGCCCGAAAUGGAGAUCUCACCGGUGCCGCAGGAUGGCGAGCGCGUCGUCUUCCAGUCGCACUUCAUUCGCGGCCUCGGUCUGCCGGCGAGCGACUUCCUCUGCGCAUUUCUUCAAUUCUACCGGCUCCAGCCGCACCACCUCACGCCGAACAUGGUGGUGCUGCUGUCGGCCUUCGUCACACUCUGCGAGGGUUACCUCGCCAUCCUCCCCACCCUCGAGCUCUGGGGGGGGGAGUUAUUCUACACUAAACUCAGCACCGCCGUCAAGAAUGAGGCGGCCCAGUGCGGAGCCUUCAUCAUGGUGCGACGUCCGGGUGCUGGGAACUGCUUCCCGGCCAUCAACUUGACGCAGUCGGUCAAGUUGUGGCAAAGGUCUUAUUUCUACGUGAAGAACGUCCAUCUGGACCAUGACUUUGUCAACCUGCCGACUUAUAAAGCUGGCCCGCCGGCUAAGCCCCGCACCAACUGGACCUUCAAGCCGAAGACGCUGUCGGCCGCCUCCACAAUCGUCGUCGCCCGGCUCAGGGAGAUGACGGAGUCGGAGGGCCUCAAGGCUUCAGACCUGCUGACCACCUUCGUGGUGCGCCGGGUGCUCCCCCUCCAAACCCGGCCUCACAUGAUCAGCCGGAUGAGUGGGCAUCAAGACCCGUGCCGGAUGUGCACCAAGGAGAUGCCGGACGCAGAGGUGGCCCGUCUAGUGAACUUCAUCUCGAACUGCAAACUCUCGGAGGGGGAGUGGCAGUUCGGCAAGCGGUCAUACUCCCGCGCAAACCCACCGCCCGCGGUAAGUCCUUAACUCUUUUUUCUCUUUAUCUACCGGGUUCUGCUUUUGCCGCCUGAUCAGUCAGUCACGGCGCGAUCCUCAUGUCCCAGCCGGCAGCCGACGCCCUGGAGGAGGGCCAAGAGUACCUGCCGGACCGGACCGCGAGUGACGCGGACGACCCCGACUUGGGGACGACCGCCUGGGAGGACGACGCCACAGGAGGUGGCGGCGGAGCAGGCGGCUCCGGAGGAGGCGACGUCGAGGCGUGGCCAGAUGAUGACGAGGAGGAAGACGAACCACACCGCCCGCAUGGUGCCGAUAAGGCGGGGCGAGCUCCUCAGUCGUGCCGGCUGGACCAGGCAGCACGCCAAAGCGUCGCGCCGACUCGCUGUUGUUUGGUAGUCGACCGAAGAAGCCGAAGAACCCGGCCGCCGCGACCAAGCGGCGAGAGGCUGCCGCGAAGGCGGCCCAGUUCAAGAGGGCCCCGAAGCAGCCGCCGACGGUGUCCGUGGCCCCGCUCUCUCUUGAGCGGUCAGCCUCUGCUUCCAUCAUCGGGGGGCGGAGGGCUCCGCCAACACCCGCCGCAUGGACCCGCACGCCGAGUGAGGGAGUCCUGGAUUAGGGGGGUGUUCGGGUAGCCGGACUAUACCUUCAGCCGGACUCCAGGACUAUGAAGAUACAAGA